CUUUGUGUGAUGCCUACAAUGCUGGUCUACUCCUACUUCUCAUCUUACAACCUCUCCGCUCUGACCUGUAGCUCUCCAUCAGUUGAAGAACUACAACCCCCAGCCUGACCAGCCCGUCCCAUGCUGAGAAUCGCACUUCCAAAACUACUUUUUGUCGGAAUGAGGACCUGAUUAUAUUUCGCUCACCUUUAUUUGUUUGUUUAACAGACCGAUACUCUUCUUCAUGUCGUGCUGAGCGAGACGUGAAAAAAAAAAAAAAAAGGAGAUCGGAAGUACGAAUUAAGCGUCAGAGAUUGCACAACCAAGUCUCAAUGGCAAGGUGGCUGAAGGAUUACUUACAUUUUGGGAGCAAGAAGUCUCCACCACAGCCUCCAAAGCCCGACUACACAGAGAGUGAAAUACUUCGUGCCUACAGAGCUCAGAAGAGCCUGGAUUUUGAGGAUCCUUAUGAGGAGAAGAACAAUGACAAGGGACUGUUGGGUUCUCCCUCCAGGAUUGAUGAUUUGCAACUGAUUGUAUCCCCUAGACACCGUCUUAUCAAGGUGGAGCCAUCAGAAUACCAGAGGAGGCCUCAUCUAGGUUCAGAAGAAGAGCCUGGAGGAAAGGUCAGUGACGUCAGUGACUACUCAAACCCCUUUGAUAUGAAGAACAAAUGUAUUUUCAAUCAUGAAGAAAUGGAAGAUACAAGUUACAUGGAACCAUAUGACGAUCAGAGACCUCUGGGAGAUCAACAGGAUUGUAGGGAGAAAGUGACAGAAAAAGUCCUACAACUCUACGAUUCUCCUUACCAUGAGCGAUACAGGACUCUUCCGCAUGAAAGCUGCCAGCCAUCUGUGGAUGAAAGACCAGCGGAUGAAUAUGAUCAACCCUGGGAGUGGAAGAAGGAUGAUAUCAGCCGAGCAUUUGCAGUGCAGUUUGAGGGCUCUGGAUGGCAAUGCGGAUCUCCCCAUCUGAGGGCGCGUCUUCUACAGUCCACCCCGAGGAGCCCGGUGAAUCUGCGACCAUCUAGUCCUGACCUUACAGCAAACCAAAGGGAGCAUGGCUCACCGCCCAAGGAGCUUGACUGCUCAAGAGUGAGGAAGCCCAUUUGUGCCGAACUGCAAAGACAUGGGUGGUUCCACGGACCUCUGAGCUGCACCGAUGCAGAGAAACGAUUGCAUAAAAGUGACCCAGGAAGCUUCUUGCUGCGUACAGAGGCGGAAAGCAUGUUUUUCCUUUCUGUUAGAGGCCGCAGUAGCAUAUUGCACGUUAAAGUGAUCGUCAUGCCAGAUGGGCGUUUUAUGCUUGGAGAUAGUGGACCAACCUUCCCCUGUAUCCCUGACAUGGUGCAGCAUUACAUCCAGUCUCCGUUGCUCUUCCCGGGGGAGGGACAAGUGUGUCUGCAGCAUCCAGUGUCUUCAGUAUUACAGUGAUGUGUUUUAACCAAACAGUGACUCUGACAGUGGCAAAGUACAAGGCCUUAAAGUCUACAUCGAUAGAAGAAGCAUAAUGGAGAAAACUGGGAUCAUCUGUGGCAAACUUGGCAUUUUAGCGGACCUUUAAAAUGCUUUGCACCAAAGCAAUAACUUGUUCUUCAUCUUCAUGUGAAGUUUGGUAACAGUUGAGCCAUUUUUUUUUACAUUGGUGACUGUACCUCCAGCUUGGAAUGGCAAAUGGAAAGAUCUCAUUUAAGGCUAUUUAAAAGUAGCCUAAGGUUUGGCUGGAUCCUUUAGAACUUUUUGUGGCUUUCCUUCCAUUGGAUCUGCAGGUUACAUUCAUGGUAUCCAGUACCAGUCAUUAUGCAAAUAUUUUUAAAGCACUGGUCAAGGGUUUUUUCUCCUUUUUAAUGAACAUGGAACCUUGCCUGCUGCAGCUCCUAGCUUUGAUGAGCCCCCUUCUGGUGAAACCUGGUAAUGAGGCGUGACCUUAAAAUACCAUUAUUUGUUAUAAUAACCAUCCUGUUUUAAUGGACUGGUUUCUGUCUACCAAAUAUUAUAAACAAUAGUGGGAUAAGAGCUUCAUCCUUAAUAAAGAGCGGUGAAGAUUCUUUUGUGUUCCUGUGUGACAGGGUUCCAGUCACCUUAAUGGUUUACUAUUUUUCCUGGAUUUUUCUUCUUCUUUUUUUUUUUUAUAAUUUCACCAUGCACUGCACAAUUCUGAGACUUCUCCUAAGCUUUUAUAUCUGUCUGUACAAAAGUCUGGUAUUGUUCUAUGAUAGGCUUGGAAAAGCAAGGAGUGGCCAUCUUGCACCACCAAUAAUCUCUAAUUGCAAUGUUUAUAGGAAUAUAAAGGGAUUUUAUAUAGUUACAUAGCCAGUUAGGUUGAAAAAAGACACAAGUCCAACCUGUGUGUGUGUGUGUGUGCGCUUUUAUGUGAAUAAAAUGUUCUCAUCAAAUAUUUUACUGCUGUUGGCAGUCUUGAAUAAAACAACCACCUCUUCAAGAAUUAUUCAAAGCGCUGGCUCACGGAGUGGCUCACAGCAGGGGUCCGGUGCGCCCCCAUUCGCCAUUUCAGGUCUGAUCUCAGCCUGAAUUGUUGGCUGAAUGGACCAGAAGACACACAGGACUCCUGUGCAAUUCGAACCUACUCCUGAGAUGUGUGAACCGGCUCC